AAAGCGUUGUCCGGUGGACAGUUCGAUAUCACAGCUCAGUCUGCCUUCAAGCUAAUCACAACUAGCCCACCCAUCCCCCAAACACCAAGCAAAAUGUUCGCCAAGAUUGUGCUCGUUGCCCUCUGUGUGGCCUCCGCCCAGGCUGGUCUUCUGCCCUUCCAUGCUCCUGCUCCGCUGGCUGCUCCUCUGGCUGCUCCGCUGGCUGCUCCUGUGGCCACUGCCGGCGUGGUGGCUCCCUAUGCCUCCAGCUUCAAUGCCCACCGCAUCAACCACGCCGUGGCCUACCCAGUGGCUCCUGCUCCGGCUCCAGUGGCCUUUGCCGCUCCCCUUCCCGCUCCUCUGCCCGUUCCCGUGGCUGCUCCUGCCCCGGUAGCCUUUGCUGCGCCUGCUCCCGCCCCAGUGGCCUUUGCUGCACCUGCUCCUCUGCCAGUGGCUGCUGCCCCCGCUCCUGUGGCCUUUGCUGCCCCCGCUAAGGUUGGAUUCGGCUUUGCUGCCCCUGCUCCAGUGGCUGCUCCCCUGGGAUUCGCCCCUGCGCCGGCGCCUGUGGCCUUCGCCGCCCCCGCCAAGUUCGGAUUCGGACCCUUCGCCGCUCCAGUGCCCGCGCCCCUGGCUGUGGCCCCCAAGUUCGCCCCCGCCCCCUACUUCUUCUAAGGACUCAGCCAAAGGAUCACCCAACUCAUCCGUCCCAUCCGUCCUAUUAGCUUGUAGAACCUAGCACAAAUCUUCAUACCUAGAAAGCAGCAAUGCUUGGCGAAUAAAAAACUAAAUCAUUAAUCAAUUUA